AUGUCUUUCUUUUUUUCUCUAUAUUCUCUUUUACUUCUUCUUUCUCUUCCUAUUGAUCUCUUUGUAUUUUUUAUCUCUCCUUCUCUCCUUCUCUCUUCCUCUUUUAUUUCUUUAUUUCUAACUCCUCUUCUCUCUUCUUUUGUUCAUUUUUUAUGUCUUUGUUUUUCUCGCUUUUCUCUUAUUCACUUUCUUUCUGACACCAUCUCUUCUCUUUUCAUCUCUCUUCUCUCAUCUUUACUUACCUUAGCUUUCUUUUCUUUCUUUGUUUAUUUCUUUAUUUUUAACUCUUCUUCUCUCUUUCUCCCUUUUUUGUGUCUCUUUUCUCUUUCUCUUCACUUUCUUUCGAGCCCUCUUAUUGUGAUUUUAUCCCCAUUCAUUUCUUUUUCUAAUUCGUCUUCACACUUCAUCUUUUUUCUUUCUUUUCUUUCUCGUUUUUUAUCUUUUUCCCUUUCUCUUGCCUUUUUUCUUUCUUUUCUUUCUCCUUUUCUUCUACUCUCUUGA